AUGUAUUGUGGGAAAACUAUUACAGGUGGAGGGAUUAAUAGAAUGAAGCAACAUCUUGCAAAGAAGUCGGGUGAGGUUGGGCCAUGUAAAAAAGUUCCCCCAGAUAUUCAGUAUCAAAUGCAUGAGUCUUUGAAAGCAUUUGAUGAAAAGAAGAAGCAAAGUGUAGAAAAUUAUGAUGAAUUAAAUCCUUAUGGUCCAGGUGGUUUUCAAUUUGAGGGUGAUGAUGUUUACGUUAAUGUUGAUGAUGAUGAUGAGGUUGUGGAAACGAUUCCUCGGAACAAUAAGGGCAUUUCAAUCAAUGAAGGAGCUGGAAGUGGGAAUAAGAGUAGAGCACCAAUGACACAUAAAGGGAAGGGGAAGAAACAUGAACCAACAAAAAUUGGUGACUAUUUUGCACCAAGGACCACUCCGGAUUCUCAACCAACUAUCAAAAGUGCUCUCCAAACUAAAGAAGCCAUACAUAGAGCACAUAUGAUUGUUGGCAAAUUCUUUUAUGAUACUUGUAUUCCAAUCAAUGCUGUGAACUCCAUCUAUUUUCAGCCCAGGUUUGAUGCCGCAAUUGCCAUUGGUCCAGGAUAUAAGGUCCCUACCUACCAUCAACUUCGAGUUCCUUUAUUGAGAGACUCAAAAAAAAAGCUUCAAUUGUAUAUUGACACUUUGAAGAGUUCAUGGGCUACGUGUGGAUGUACUAUUAUGGGUGAUGGUUGGACUGAUGGUAGACAAAGAAAUCUAAUAAAUUUUCUUAUGUAUAGCCCUAUGGGAAUUGCUUUUGUGAAAUCAAUUGAUGCCUCUGAUGCUGUCAAAGAUGCUACUCUUCUUUCUAAAUUGUUUCUAGAGGUUAUUGAGUGA